GGGCUGUCUUGCCAUGACAUCAGACAGUAACCCUGUGGAUAACACCGACAUUAAGAUUCAUGUAUGGUCCAACAGAUAUGUACAGUUUGCAAUUUGAUAUUCUUAAAUUCAGUACAACACUUUGUUAAAACAACACAAAAUCAGUGCGGGGGGCGAGCAGCACUUCAGCUUAAACACUGACUGGCUUUUCUUCGUCAACAACCUUCACAAUGGCCACCAUUCAGUGUAGUGCUGGUGUCUGCCAUAAUAGGAGCCGGGGCCUGGCUUUUCUAUUGUGUCUGCGGUCUAUGUUGUGUUUGUCUAUCUGAGUAACAGGCUGAAUUUGGAUCCAGAGCACACAGCCGAUGGAUAGUGAGUGAAUGAGUUGGUUUCUUUGAAUAGUCAGGAGUGAUAUACAGCAUUGGAUUUAUUUCUUCCAUUAGUAACUAAUAGGCAUCUGUGGCGUCAACGAGGGGCCCCGAAAUAACCCGGCCAGAAAAAGACCCAGAGAGGGGGACAGGAAGUGAGUUCAGAGCAUCUCAAGAGUCUGUCCGCAGUAGGUGUCUCACUCCAUCCCUCCACCAAGACCUCCACAUAAGACUACGUCAAAGCACAAUGGAAGGCACCAUUACUUCUCUCUGGCUGUUUCUCCUGCUCAACCAGCUGCCGUUCGGUCCGACGGAUGCAGACAGAGACCUGUCAACCAUGAAGGCGUAUUCGCAAAGAGCAGGAGAUCAAGGUGGCAGCUCAACCCCUGCUGUGGAGCCCAGCCUCACUACCAUUGGCCGCACUGACUCACCGGACCUAGACACCAACGGCACUCGUGCCGACUGCCUUAUCGACACCGAGAUGGGUUUGAUAGCUAUAGGCUCAGCAGGGGGGCUGAUUGUCUGCCUGCUAGUCGCCAUCGUGGUAUUGGCAUGCCAGGUGUGCCAGAUGCAGCGCCGGGCUUAUGCCCCCCGAACCUCCCGGUCCAACAUGGACUUGGUGAGCGGUACGGGCUACUGGGGCGUCGACAAUCCAGAGGCCGGAGGACUGGUCGGGCCGUGCGAUGCCAGUGUCAUGCUCGAGGAGGUGAGAGCAGACAGCGAGAUGGAGGAAGAGAGGCAGGUUGAAAGAGAAGAGGCUGGGGCAGGACUUGAGAAAGGGGCCACGGCUUUUGACCCUGAAGAGAAGACCUGUCUGAUGCAGAGCUCCAGCUCCAGAGAUUCCUGUCUGGAGAUUCCCAGGGAUCUAGAGGACAUGCCCCUUGUUGUGUGAGGAGGUAAACUCCAGCCCAAACAGCAACCAGUCAGUUCAGCUGAUGUGUUAUAUUUACGUUCUUUCCAGUUUAUUUCACCUCAUAGAAUUUAACUAAAACCUAACUAAAACAUGUAGGGCCACCUGGGCAUCGUUUGAAAUCCAGUAUACAAUACCAGAGAUGUUGCACCCAAACCAAAAAGAUCAUUUUUCGAUACCUUUCUUUGAGAAAUAGAAGCCAAAGUUGUCAAGUGUUAUAUAUCUUGUAUAUAGUGUAAAUCAUGCAAAAUUAUACUUUUAUCUAAUUAUCAGGAAGUUUACAAAUCCGUCAAUUCAUUCAAUAUCUGUUUUACUCAGUGCUACACACAUUUUAGUCAGGACCAAAAAACUAUUGUGGUUUAACCCAGUCCUGGUAGCGUGUAGAUAUUUUGAUGUUUUGUUCAAAAUUACUAUACCAUUUAGAAAAACGUAUAGAAAAAGACUCAAUUUAAAAUAUUUGUUUCUUGUGUCUGACAAUAAGAUGACCGAGAAGACCUCUCUGUUGUUCAGUCGGCAACAUUAUUCUUAUCAUAAAACUCUGUAAUUAUAAACACCUCCUCGGUUGCUCUUUCUGAACUUUCUUCUAUUUUUUUCCCAUUUAAGUUUUUUCUGGAGUUUUCCCUCAUCUGAGGUGUAUGCUGUACACACUGUAAAGCCGCUUGAGGCUGUAAAAGAGUGAGGUGUACAUAUUUCCAUAAGAAUUAGUUAAGUAUAACUUCUCAACAUCUAAUAUGAUACAUAUUUUUACACCCUUGCUUCAACAUUUGCCGUAAGACUGUUCGAUGUGGCUCAGUUUUCUGGUUUUACGACAUAAAUGAACAGACGAAAUAUAUUUAAGAAGCAGAUAAAAAGGUAACAAGUAGAUCAACACACGUUACAAGUAUCAAAAGAGAUGCCAAGACCUGUUCCUAGAUUUGACACCAGGGACCUCGAGUGCUGCCAAAGCCAUGUUGAAACGAUGGUUCAGAGAGUUUGGUACAAUGCCUGCUAAUAGUCCUUGAUGUAUUAAUAAAUCCUUGUUGACAGUUUAGCUGUCUAUGGUCUCCUGUACUGCAGACUAAUACUGCUGUCCUUUCAUAACACAUGAAACAGAGCCUGUUAAAAUAAAUUGAUUUUUGAAUUGUG